CUGAUCUUUACAUUUCGUACAUAACCUAAUCUGUCAUGUUUAUGUUGGCUUGUGCUUAAAAGCACUUGUAAUUCAUAGUGCUUCUAUAUUAUAUUAAUUAAAAAGUUUCAUAAUUAUAUUAUUGUUUUUAAAAUGCAACAGACUUUUUUGAUGUUAAUUGUUAUGAAGAGAUGAUAUCAUUAACAUGACACGUAAUAAGAUUACUGUCAAUUUGGUGAUAAGUUGUAUAGAGAAAAAACCACAAUAGGGAAAGCUUAAAGGAUGUACUGUAUACAGUGGUUAAUUCCUGUGCUGUUAAUACCAAAGCCCGUUAAUCCUGCACUGCUACAAACGCAUGUUAUGUUCAUGGUGCUCUAUUUGAUUGGGUUCUUUUUAGAGCAAAAACCAUGUACGAUGUGUACAGCAAUCUUUCUCACAGCAGUCUUUCUUAUUUGUUACAGUGGAAUAGGAAAUUGUCUCUUCUGGAAUAAUAACUGUGAAAAUGGUUGAUUAUAAAAAACAUAUGUAUAUUUGACGAUAUUAAAAUUAUUCUAUUAAUAUUCAUUGUUAUAAUAAUAGCAUUUCUAUUAUGUAUGCAAUGUACUAAAAUUUAAAUAUUUUUGUGUAAAAA